CUGGGACCGGAGCGAUCAGAAGGGGCUCGAUCGCCCCCCCCCAGCACUCGUCUCUGGCUGUGCGUGCUCCUGCUGGGUGCAUGGAAUUCUCAGUGGGAAGGCAGAACUGGGCACAACAUCUCCACAAUAACCAGCUGGACUCACCUCCAUUUUCCUGGCAAAACAGGGCAACGCUCCUUCUGUAACAACAAGAUCUUCGGGACCCUGAACAUCCUGACCAUAGGCCAUUCAAGGUCACGUUGAUGCUGGUGGGAAACCCCCAGUAUCCUCCCCACUUCCUCCUCCUGCAUCGCUCCCAUCUACCCACCAGCCAUGGCUAUGAGCAGUGACCCUGGCUGCGAGAGGCUCGACCCUGACUGUGCCGAACAGGCCGCCAGUCUCACGGACGUCAUGUCUGCCAUGACGACGAAAGAUUCAGGCGGUUCGGCUGCCAACGGCGUGAGAAACGGGGGGGCUCAGCAGGAGGGGGCUCAGGCCAAGAGGACUCAUCCGUUGCGGCCUCACCUGACUGGAAGGAAGCUGUCGCUGCAGGAGAGGGGCACUUAUCUGUCAUCCGGCCCUGGAGGAGGCUACACACACAUCUCCCCUCGUGUGGCUCGCAGGCCCACGGUGGAAUCCAAACGUGUGUCUAUAUCUGACUCUCAGGACUGCAUCCAGUUGAACCAGUAUAAGCUGAAGAGUGAAAUCGGAAAGGGCUCCUACGGUGUGGUCAAACUUGCCUACAAUGAGGACGAUGACAAGAAUUAUGCCAUGAAGGUGGUGUCCAAGAAGAAGUUGAUCAAGCAGUGUGGUUUUCCACGUCGCCCACCCCCAAGAGGACCAAAGGCAGCACAAGGGGAGCAGCCCAAAAUCCUAGGACCCCUUGAGAGGGUCUACCAAGAGAUCGCCAUCCUUAAAAAACUGGACCACAUCAACAUUGUCAAACUGGUGGAGGUGCUGGAUGAUCCCGCGGAGGACAACCUUCACAUGGUGUUUGAGCUGAUGCCUAAAGGUCCAGUGAUGGAAGUGCCCACAGACGAUGCUUUUUCAGAGGAGCAGGCGAGGUUAUACUUCAGAGACAUCAUCCUGGGUAUAGAAUACUUGCACUAUCAGAAGAUUGUCCACCGGGACAUCAAGCCCUCCAACUUGUUACUGGGGGACGACGGCCACGUGAAGAUUGCAGACUUUGGGGUCAGCAACCAGUUUGAGGGCAACGAUGCUUUGCUGUCCAGUACAGCCGGCACUCCAGCCUUCAUGGCCCCAGAGACGCUGUCAGACCAGCGCAAGAGCUUCAGUGGAAAAGCUCUGGACGUGUGGGCCAUGGGAGUCACUCUCUACUGUUUCGUCUUUGGAAAGUGUCCGUUUAUCGACGAGUACAUAUUGGCCUUGCACAACAAGAUCAGGACCAGGUCUGUGGAUUUCCCCGAAGUACCAAAGAUCAGUGAAGAGCUGCGGACUCUGAUCUUGCGGAUGCUGGACAAGAACCCAGACUCCAGGAUCACCAUCCCUGAGAUCAAGUUGGACCAGUGGGUGACCCAGGGUGGCAGCGACCCCUUGCCCCUGGAGGAGGAGCACUGCUCUGUGGUGGAGGUGACGGAGGAGGACAUCCAGAAUUCAGUCAAGUUUGUCCCCAGCCUCUCUGCAGUGAUCUUGGUGAAGGCCAUGCUGAGGAAGCGCUCCUUCAGUAACCCCUUUGAAUGCCCAAGCAGGAGAGAGGAGCGCUCCAUGUCUGCACCUGGCAGUCUGCUCAUAAAGGGAAGCACAGGAGACGGACCCAGAGAGGGAGAGCUGGAGGACCUGCAUGAGGACGAGCCCUCGUCUUGAGUCUGCCGUCCACAGAACUCCGUCCUCUUUACACCCCCGUGCUUGGACUACUGUUCGCUCACCUCUCACACUCAGGCUUGCUUUGUUUUUUUUUGCUUCUAGUCGAUCCUUUCUUAUUCCCCCAGUUUCCUUCUUCACUGUGGGGUCUCCUGGCACUAAGUGUGAUCGUCUCACCUGCUCAACCACUAUGGGCAAUGCAAUGGAUAAACCAAUGAGAGGAGCUCUGAUCAUUUUCUGGAUCAAAGUAUUGUGUUGCAGAAAAAGACAAGGAAAUGUUUGUUCACUUGCAUUAAACUGUUUUGUGGUGGGGGAGAGUUUUACUUUACGCCCCAUCAUCAGUCACAGUCAACCCACUGAAGAGACGAGAAACUCAUCACAGACUUCAGCAUGUAAAUGACACUAUACCGUCUCUUCAGUGACGUACAUGGCUUUUGAUUUCUGAUCAGUGAUCGGCCAUUUUUAAUAUUGUACAAAGAUGUCUUAAUGUAUCUUCAGUGUUAUCGUCUCACACCCUUGUUAUGUAUGUGCCAUCAGUAGCUUUUAUUUUGAAGGCCGAAGUACUUCAUGUGCUGCCUUCAUUGUCCCGGUUGGAUGUCUGAGGGUGACCACACACACCAGACAGCGGCUUUGUUUGAACACAUUUCAGUGUGACGUUUCCUGCGGUCGAUGCGUGUAACUCUUACUAUUCUGAUUACCAUUUUUCUCUCCAAAUCUAUUGUGUUUAUCAGAUUUUGGUUCUCGAACAUUGUUAUACUUAACUACAACAUCACACACUACUGUUUGAUGUGAAUUCAGUGUGACAGAGAAUAGAGCCCAUUAAGGUGCGUGUUGUUUGAGGACGAGGAUUAGAAACUACCCACACUUCCCUGACUCCAGUUUUUUCCAACGGCUAAUUGUCCAGUUAGCGCUCAUGCAGAUGGAAUUAAAUCAACCUGUGCAGCAUCAUCCAGGUGAAGUGACUGUUCAGAAAUAUCUAGGCUGGGAGGGUGGGGAGGUCAUUAAUGUUACUGUUAAUGAGGGGAGGGUAGUCAUAGUUGAGAAGGGUCUCUUUAUUAUUAACACCCCAAAUAUACUCUGUCAGUUCGUUGUGAGAAUGAUUUCAACAGAUUUAAUCAAAUAGUCACACAUGAUGACUCUGGUGUUCACAGUCAUUAAAGUUUGUGUAUCAUGUGCAGGACAACAACCUUAUUAGUAUGGCCUUAUUGUUCCAUAAAUAUAUUUAAAUGGUUAAAUGAGAUCACACUUCAUUAUAUUUAUUCCUUUUCAGUUAUUAACGUUUUACCCACCCAGUACUAUACAAUGUGUUGGGGGAGGGUGCUGCAGGUUUUCGUUUGUAUAAGUCGGGUCCACACAACCAGGCUGGGGACAGUUUUAAGAUGUAACCCCCCUCCCCACUCUGGUACUGUUUGCACAGUCCCUAUAUUAGUUGUCCUGGGCCAGUCAAGUUUAUAGAGCUGGGAAAUGUUGGGCUAAUGGGAUCGUCUCCUCAUGCAAGCCCCUUGUUUGCCAUUCGGGGUUGGUUGGCUAACUCUAAGAUUAAGUUGUGUUUGUUUUGUCUGAGCCGACUCAACCCAGCUGAGAACAUUUCUGCCUCCAUAGCAGCUCUGCCUCAGAUAACCCAUUUGUAUUAUUUAUAUAACUCAAUUUGUUCCCCCCCUCCCCUUUUUUUAGCUGGUCUUGCACAUUACCCCCUUGGGGGGAAAAAAGUUUGGAUCUAAACACUCAAACUACAGUGAGAAAGGAGCAUCUCAAUGUUAUGAUUAGAUCCGGGCUGCCAACAAUAACAGCAGCAGCAACAAGCUGAUCGGAAACAGGCAGCACAGUGCUUCACUUUUCCUCUCUUAGCCUGGUUCUCGGUAGCCUCCAGUGCAGGAUAUUAACUCAAGUGCAGAGAAGAGAGAUGGCGUUGUGCGGCCUGAACGGAAAUGUAUUUCCCGUGAGGUUGGCGUCCAUGUUUCUGGGUUUGUGCUCAUAGAGACAGUGACGUAAUUACAGAAUCAAAAAUCAUGUGGCUCCUGGGGAAUGUAGAUCUUUAUAUCAUUUUUUACUUUAAUGUUCAGGAAAACAGUCGAGGCAUGCAUAUCAUUGUCUAAAAUGUCUUUGUGUGACUUUGUGUCCGAGGAUUGUGCUCCUCUUUUUUGUUUUCCUGUCUGUGCUGAGGAUCAGGUGCAGUAAGUGACAGCAGGGAGGUGUGUUUGCAGAGUAACCUUCAAUGAAGGGCUGAUCGAACCAAAAAGUAAAAAAUUCCGAAAUGUUUGUUUUAUUUGCUUAAAUGCUGUGUAACACUUAUCUUUUUUAUUUAUUUUUUACGUAGGUGUGUCCAGCUUUACAUUGUGUGUGUUUGUGUGUUAGAGGUGCAUUAAUGUUGUCGUCUUAAUCAUCUGGGCAUUAUUGGCUCAUGUCAGAGGACUCCUGCCAAUCAUCCUUUUGUGCAUGCUUUAGUUGUUCUUGCUAAAACAUCACUUAUAUAUAAAUCUUUGCACUUUUUCCCACUUACACAUAAAUGUUGAAAUUACUGCUUCUACUGGCACCUGUCAGACACUGUACAGUAAUUAAUCCAGAGAAAAAACUGUGUUCACCUGUAAAAGACCAUAUUUACUGUGUAUUUGUAUGCUCUCAUAAUCUCCUGUGCUCUUUGAUGCAUCACUCUCUGCAUGACACAGAGCUGCUGCUUGGUUUUUGAGAAUUUUUACAAAAUGAAACUCAAAAUAUGUUUCUGAAACUUCUUUUCCUGCCUGCGCUGAAACGACUGCAGCAACUCAACUGGUUUUGAAUAAACUGGUUUUGGUUUGCAUAUCUGCAUGAUGACAGAAUUGUGAAAGUUGUACAACUCUGGAACUCUCUGGGUUUUACUUCUGAAAUGAUGCAUAACACCAAAGUACUGUAUGAGCCAGGUUCAGAGCUCAGGAGCGGUCUUCUCUAUCACCCAGCCAAAAAUUAUUUGAUCAUAUAUUAAUACCUCAAAUAUCAUGAAUCACAAUUUGAGGAAAUUUAAACAAGAAGACAAUGAUUUUUUUUUUUUUUACCAUUUAUAAUGCCUUUUAAUUUGUUUGUGUUCAUUCCUGAACUGAA